AUGGUGCAUCGAGCGCUCCACCUACGUAAACACCUUCCCGUAACCAACGCCGGCGUCACCACGGCGACCGGCGUCACCACGGCGACCGGCACGUCUCUGAAGUCGAGUAAGAAGAAGAAACGGACGUCGCUGAUAUGCAACAAGUCGAGCAAGAAGGGAUCAGAGGUCCAAGAUGGCCGCUGGAAGCCCUUCCUGGUGAAGCCCCUCCCCUCUCAGCUCAUGAAGCCGCUGCUGGUGUUCGUGAACCCGAAGAGCGGAGGAAACCAGGGAGCCAAGAUCAUCCAGUCCUUCAUGUGGUACCUUAACCCUCGGCAGGUUUUUGACCUGACGAAAGGUGGACCCAAAGAGGGGUAA